CAAGGCAGCCUUUGCUUGGGAGGCCCAUUACACUGUGUGUUCUCUUCCCAGUGGUACAGAGCAGGCAGCCUGGGGACCAAAUGGGAGCCAUGAAGCUCUAUUAGAAGCAAGUGACACAUUCCCUGAGGAAUACAUUCUCUGCCUGGAUCUGCAUUGCAAUACAUAGCAAAAAAACAAAACAAUAUCAAACCCUUUCACUGAAAACCUCACAAAGGAGAAAAAGCCAGGGAGAUGUUAAAUCUAGGCUGCUUUCAGCUGCUCCUGAUCUGUCAAGUGGGUUUGGCUUUUGGAUACUACAGGCACCAGAGGAAAUUAAUUGAAGAAAUCGAUUGGUCAUACACAGAAAGCUUAAACCAAACAAAUUGGGUGAAAAAAUAUCCAGCAUGCAGUGGUGCCAAACAGUCUCCUAUCAACAUCGACGAGGACCUCACAAAAUUAAAUAUGAAUCUAAAGAAAUUGUCUUUUCAAGGAUGGGAACAAUUGUCCUCUAACUCUGCAUUAAUUCGUAAUACUGGAAAAACAGUGGAAAUUAAUUUGACGGACGAUUACUUUCUCAGUGGUGGUGCCUUAAAUACUAAAUACAAAGCAAGCAGGAUAACAUUUCACUGGGGUAAAUGCAACGCUACUUCGGAUGGCUCCGAACACAGCUUGGAGGGGGAGAAAUUUCCCCUGGAGAUGCAAAUCUUCUGCUAUGAUAACGAUCAGUUUAAAAGUUUCGACGAUGCAGUGAGCGGAAAUGGAAAACUGAAAGCUUUAUCCAUUUUAUUUAAGGUUGGUCCGGAAGAUAAUCCUAAUUAUGAUGUAAUUAUCAACGGAGUGAAUAGUGUUCAUCGAUUUGGUAAGAGAGCAACUAUGGAACCUUUUGUGUUGCUUAAUCUCCUUCCAAGUUACACGGACAAAUACUAUACUUACAACGGAUCGCUAACGGCCCCGCCGUGCACAGAAACCGUAGAAUGGAUUGUCUUUAAGGACACUGUGACCAUCUCUGAAAGCCAGUUAGAAUCUUUCUGUGAGGUGCUCACCAUGCAGCAGUCCGGCUAUGUCAUGGUGAUGGAUUACCUACAAAAUAACUUUCGGCACCAGCAGUACAUGUUUGUAGGACAAGUGUUUUCGUCUUACACAGGCACCGAAGAAAUUACAGAACCAGUUUGCAGUUCAGAGCCGGAUGAUGUAAGAGCAGAUGCAAGGAAUAACACAAGCCUAUUGAUUACAUGGAAGAGACCACGGGUUGUUUAUGAUGGAAUGAUUGAGAGAUACUUGGUCUAUUAUCAACAGUUAGAAGGCGAAGAUCAAACAAAGCACGAAUUUCUCACCGAUGGUUAUCAAGACUUGGGUGCAAUUUUGCUGAAUUUAUUGCCCAACACAAGUUACGUCCUUCAAGUAGUAGCGAUAUGCUCAAAUAGCCUGUAUGGAAAACGUAGCGACCAAGUGAUUGUUGACAUGACAGACGGGGCAGGAAAUGAUCCUUUUCUUGACUUUAUUGAAACUGAAGAGGACAUAGAGGAUAGUGAAGAGACUCAGGAGGAAAGAGAAAACCGAAAUCCUGAAAAAGUGUUAAGUACUAUAAGCAGUGUUAACCAAAUACAUGGGCAACGAGCCAUAGCAACAACAACAGUUUUAACGACAACAACCUCUCGUUACAUUGAAGAAGAGAUAGAUUCACAAAAAUCUGCCACGGAAAAGGCAGAAAAUAAGUUGCACAGUCAAGCUGAGGUCUAUAAAGUUUUCUUGUAUCCUACUUCACAGCCUACAACCAAAACAUCUGCUGAUACAACUGUUGCUUCAUCUGCAGAGUUUGUGAAGCUCACAGAGAGACCCCAACAAAUACUACAAGGGACUACCUACAAAAUUACUGACCUGAAAAGUAGUGUUGACUUAUGGAUGCUGAACAUCACUGGCACUACCAAAGGUACUGAUGAGAAUGAUGUAAAAACCAAUGCUGUUACUGAACAACCAAUAACCACUACUAGUUGGAAGAGAAGAAUGUUUUUGCCUACCAAGAAGCUUAGUCAAGUGUUAAAUGACACUUCUGUUUCCACUCAAGCAAUGUUUUCCACAACAGUUACCCCAGAAAUUACAUCUCAGGGAAAUACAAUUUCCUUACAGUCUCCAAAACCAUAUACCAUAAAAGAUGUAUCAUCCUUGGCUAAAGAAGCCAUUGUUAACACAUCUUCUAGUCCCAUCAAUGAAUUUGAUUCAUCAAAUACCACAAAAGAAACUCCCCUGCCUAGUACUCCUCCAGAUGAUGAGAUGCGGUCUUCAAGUAGCUCAAUCCAUCAUCACGAUGAUGAAUUAGGGUCCACACCUUCCAGCAAAGCAGAGCUUUAUAUUGCUACUAUUCUAACUGAGGGGGAAAUGCCAAAUGUGUCAACUUCUACUUUCUCCCCGAUUGAAGCUUCAUUUCAAUCUAUCUCUCCACGUUUUGGACAGCAUGGCUCUGCUUUUCCUGUGACUGAGGUUCUCUCUCAGACAACUGAAUCAAUAUCUAAUGGUGAGACACCUCUUCAACCUUCGUACACUAGUGAAGUGUUUUCUCUAGUUACCCCCUUGUUGUCCGAUGCUCCGCUCCUGCAAGCUUCUGCUACUGCUUCAGAUAAUGAUCUGAUCCUGCAUGCUACACCUUUAUUUUCCACUGUUAAUUUGUCAUUUGAACCUACCCUAUCUUCUUUUGAUGAAGUACCUUUGCUUACAUUUUCCUCCUCUUCCUCCAGUAGUAUAUUGUCUGGUCAUCUGUGUGCCAGUUCUGAAAUGUUUUUGCCAGUCACUCAAGCUGUAGCAUCUGAAACACUGUCCAUGCAUGUUUCCUUGGCCUUGACUAAAAUCAAUGCACUGGUUCAGCCAAGUCACACACAAUAUUCUGAUGUGAAGCUACAUCAGACUGAUCAUGCUGCUUCUGAGACAUUGACAUUGGGUUAUAAGGGUAAUAGUUUUGACUUGAGCUCUCAACUUGAAAACCCCAGCACUGAUUUCACGUUGCAUGUACUUUCUACAGCGCCUGAGCCUAUCUUUACUUUGUCUAGUGAGGUGAUUUCCACUCACUUUACAGCUAAUACAUAUGAUUCAGAGGGCGUAUUUCACCAGGGUACCUUAAAUGUAAAGCCUAGCACUGAACUCUUUUUUAAACCAAGUACUGUAAUGUUUUCAAGUGACACUUUACUGCAGCCUACCCGCUCCACAAUUAGUGAUGAGGAAAACACUGAAACGUAUUCUGGUAGCGGAUUUUUUUUCUAUGGUAUUGAUAAUUUGACAGCUCAGGAAGUAGCUUCAUCUGGUGCAGGAGAUGAAGCCACAUAUAUCAAAGCUGAGCUUAAUCAAAACAAGCCAACCGUGCAAAGUCAUCCAUUAGUUGACCAUGACACUGGACUGCAGACUACCUCUUUUAAUGGUAAAGUGACUUCACUUUCAGAGCAUGAAAUAAUUGCAGAUCUUCAUUCGUCUAAUGUAAUUAGUGAAAAUAAAUCAUCCCAGGGAAUGCCUCCAGUGUCUUUGUCCACUACCAGGAGUCUUGACUCUGAUAUCAAUGCAAUUUCAGAAUAUCUGCUACCUGUUCAGCCAUUUAAUGCAAUCUCUACAUUCUCUGGUGACAUAUCGCUUAAUGCUAUGCUUCCCAAUGCCUCAAAGACUGUCUCUGCUUCUUCUGAUAUGCUUAUUUUACCAACUCAGGAAUUAAUUUAUGAGAUGCCAGCUAAACCAAUUAAUGAAGCAGUUCCCCAGUCCAUGCUGCAAUUGUCUAAUGUUAACGUUGCUUCUGAUGGAGUGUUGAAUGAAACAUCUCAUUUCCAUCACUCUGCCUCUAAUGUUGGCUUGGUGUUGUCACCUUCAUCUGCGGACACUGUUGAUGAGUCAACCUUAAGCUCUACCUAUGUACAAUCUGUUGGUAACCCCUUGUAUCCAGACUUUCCCGGACUAUCUCAUUCGCAGCCUACAAUGUCAGUCUUGCAUGACAAUGAUGUUGCUCCCUCUAUGUUGACCAGUAUUAAUUAUGACGAAAUUAUACUUGUAGCCUCUGGUAAUGAUGUACGUAAUCAACCUUUAGAAAUCGUUCCUUCUUUUUUUACUGCUUUUUCCCAUUCAAUUUCUACUCCAAUGCUGCCUACAAAUACAUUAAUCCAGCAAGAUGCUAGCACUUUAUAUCAUGAUUUGCGAACCAAUGCUUACCCUUCGCAUGGCAUUCCCAUUGAUCCCUCCAGUACUAAAGACAGUGCCUUUUAUUUCACCACAAGUAUUUCUAAUGCACCAGUACCUUUUGACAAUUCUGUUACUUUACCAAAUGUAUAUGUUUCUGUUACAGCUGAUUCUCCAAACAGUGAGAGUCCUAGCACAUUAAAAAUGUUAACAUCUGCACCUAAAUCAGCUACUGGUUUGCUAACCACUGUCAGCUCUGAUUCCGAAACAGGCUAUUCUGUUGUCGAUGAUGGCAUUUUUGUCAUAGCUGGAACAGAUUCCACAUCACAUACAGAAUCCCCAGAAGGUAUUGUAGCUGAUACUAGUAAUUUUGCGCACAAGGUGUUGGAGGGAACCACUUUAAGCAUGAGUGAAUAUUCAAACCUGUCAGAAGAAGGAAGUGGAUUAUCCGCUGUUCCAACUCAAGAUCAAGCCAACCUGGAGGACAUGAAAGGAAGAAGCCACUUAACAUCAACAUCAUCAGCAUCACCAAGCACUGCUCCAGAGAAACACAAUCAUGCAGUUGUGUUGGAAACCCAUAUUCACACUGCAGAAACACCUGCUGAAAAUGUAUCUGAAUCAAGUUCAUGGUCCAUGUUGACUAGCGAUGAAGAAAGUGGCUCUGGCCCAAGUACCCCGGAUAGCCUUAGCGAUAAUGAGACUUCCACAGAUUUCAAUUUUUCUGAUACUAUUGACAGAGACAAAGACUUUGAGGUUGCAAUUGAACCAGGUAAAGCAGAUUUAACUCCUGGAUCUGAAAUUACAUCACCAAGUUCUGUAACUAGUGACCGUUCAACAGUAGCCAACGUGUCUGAGGCAGAAGCAAGUAAUAGUAGCCAUGAAUCUCGUAUUGGUCUAGCAGAAGGCUUGGGAUCGGAAAAGAAGACUCUCAUACCACUUGUGGUGGUCUCAUUGCUGACAUUUAUCUGUCUUGUGGUGCUUGUGGGUAUUCUAAUAUACUGGAGAAAAUGUUUUCAGACAGCACAUUUUUAUUUAGAAGACAACACAUCGCCGAGAGUCAUUUCCAGUUCGCCAAUCCCGGUAUUUCCAGUUUCAGAUGAUAUCGGGGCAGUUCCUAUAAAGCAAUUUCCUAAACAUGUUCGAGAACUUCAUUCAAAAAAUGGAUUUACAGAAGAAUUUGAGACACUGAAAGAGUACUACGAGGAGGUUCAGAAUUGCACUGCUGACUUGGGCAUAACAUCAGACAGCUCCAACCAUCCAGACAAUAAGAAUAAAAACAGAUAUAUAAACAUUGUCGCUUAUGAUCACAGCAGAGUUAAACUUUCCCAGCUGGCGGAAAAAGAUGGAAAGGCAACCGAUUACAUCAAUGCAAAUUAUGUUGAUGGAUACAAGAAACCAAAAGCAUAUAUUGCUGCUCAAGGACCAUUAAAAUCAACAGCAGAAGAUUUCUGGAGGAUGGUUUGGGAGCACAACGUGGAACUCAUUGUGAUGAUCACUAACCUGGUGGAAAAGGGAAGAAGGAAGUGUGACCAGUAUUGGCCUAGUGAUGGCAAUGAGGAAUAUGGAGGGUUCUUGAUUACCCAGAAGAGUACACAUGUUCUGGCCUACUACACCGUGCGGACAUUUACCAUUGGAAACACCAAGACUAAAAAGGGAUCACAGAAAGGUAGAAUGAGUGAACGCACAGUGACACAAUAUCACUACACUCAGUGGCCAGAUAUGGGUGUUCCUGAAUAUUCUCUUCCAGUACUUACAUUUGUGAGAAAGGCUGCAGCUACAAAGAGUAAUAGCAAUGGUCCAGUCGUUGUGCACUGUAGUGCUGGCGUUGGAAGAACCGGUACCUAUAUUGUGCUGGAUAGUAUGUUACAGCAGAUUCAGCAAGAGGGCACAGUCAACAUUUUUGGAUUCUUGAAGCAUAUUCGUUCUCAAAGAAAUUACCUAGUACAGACAGAGGAGCAAUACAUCUUCAUUCAUGAUGCCCUGGUCGAGGCUAUACUGAGCAGGGAAACAGAGGUACCAGAGAAUCAAAUUCAUGCUUACGUAAAUGCACUGCUAACAACGGGCCCAUCUGGAAAAUCAAGACUAGAGACACAGUUCAAGCUAUUAAGUGAACCUAACAUCCUCCAAUGUGACUACUCCACAGCUUUGAAACAACAAAACAGGGACAAAAACCGAACUUCAUCUGUCAUGCCGGUUGAAAGAUCAAGAGUGGGUCUUUCAUCUUUGGCUGGAGAAGGAACAGAUUAUAUAAAUGCUUCAUAUGUUAUGGGCUACCAAGAAAGUAAUGAAUUUAUAAUUACCCAGCAUCCCUUACUGCACACCAUAAAGGAUUUCUGGAGAAUGAUAUGGGACCACAAUUCACAAAUAAUCGUAAUGCUUCCUGACAACCAGAACAUGGCAGAAGAUGAAUUUGUCUACUGGCCAAACAAAGAUGAGCCAAUCGCCUGUGAGAACUUCACAGUUAGUAUGGUUGGAGAGGACCACAUGUGUCUUUCAAACGAGGAAAAACUUAUAAUCCAGGAUUUCCUGUUAGAAGCUACACAGGAUGACUACGUCCUUGAAGUGAGACAUUUUCAGUGUCCAAAAUGGCCCAACCCUGAUAGUCCCAUCAGUAAGACCUUUGAAAUGAUAAAUCUCAUCAAAGAAGAAGCAGCCAAUAAAGAUGGGCCAAUCAUCGUGCAUGACGAAUAUGGAGGAGUGACCGCUGGAACGUUUUGUGCUUUGAAUACACUUCUGAAUCAGCUAGAAAAUGAAAACUCUGUAGAUGUGUAUCAGGUGACCAAGAUGAUUAAUCUGAUGAGACCAGGAGUUUUCACAGACAUUGAUCAGUACCAGUUCCUGUUCAAGGCUAUACUCAGCCUGGUCAGCACAAGACAAGAAGAGAGCCCGUUGGCCUGCAUGGAAAGCAAUGGGUCUGCCUUACCAGAUGGGAACACAUCUGAGAGUUUGGAAUCUUUAGUAUAAUUAGGAAAUCUUUCAUUUGGAUUACUCCCACGACUUUGCCACGUGGGGCAAUGAAUGAUUAAAUCUGUUUACAUCCCUUCAACAACAACACUUCACUAAUGAUAUUACUGCCCAACGUUAAUAAUGCGUGCCUUUAAAAAAUAAAAAUCUUUCGUAAUCCAUCCACGACAUCUCUAAUACUCUGAGCAAUUCGCGGCAGUGUGUCUGUGAACGACAAUGUUCUUUGUUUCUUCCAGUAUUAGUUCCAAUUUGAAACUUUUUAACUUUGAAUUAACUAUAUUUAUAGAUGUAAUUAUUUUAUUCUUCCAGUUUUUAGUGUCUGCGGUCGGUCUUGCAUUUGCUAGAAUUUGAAUUUUUCGUAUAUUAUUGGACUGUAAAUAGCAUUUUACUUUAUGACGUAUAUACCAUUUCAUGAAAGCAGCUGCACCUUCCUUGGGAGGCAAAAACCCUAACAAUUACUGUAAAUAUUGUUCUAGUGACGCCAUGGACCAAAUUUAUAUUUAUAAUUGUAGAUUUUUAUAUUUUACUACAAAUUCAGUUUUCUAGUUGACUUGUAACUGAAUUGUUAUAAUGCGGUACUUUGUUAUGUUUUUAUUUUAACAACUCUCCUGAUCUUUUGACUUGCAUCCUUGAUUGAAUAUUAUUAAUGUUAUGCAUGUACAUUUAACUCUGUGAAAAAAAUUAAAUUAAUUUGAAAUAUUUGUAUGUUUAAAAGGCUGUCGUACGUGUUAUUCAACUACCAUAAAAUUAUCUUUGAAAUCUUU